CCAGUGGCAGGCAGAACCUGGCUGUUGGCAGCUCACAGCUUACUGUCAGCUGCCUGUCUUUCUAACUCCACAAGCACUGGGAUCUGUACUGAAGAGAGUGAGUUGGAGCAGGACUGGAAGAAGCUUUGUCUGAAUAGGCCACAGCUCAUGCUGGAAUGCUAGAAGAAACAGUAUCUCAACAACAGGCUGUCCACAGCCACCUGGAGAAGCCAUCAAGUACUGCGAUUCUGUGUAACACCUGUGGGAAUGUAUGCAAAGGAGAAGUUUUGCGAGUCCAGAACAAGUAUUUUCAUAUAAAGUGCUUUGUUUGCAAAGCUUGUGGCUGUGACUUAGCAGAAGGUGGUUUUUUUGUGAGGCAAGGAGAAUACAUUUGUACCUUGGACUAUCAAAGACUGUAUGGGACGCGGUGCUUCAGCUGUGAUCAGUUCAUCGAGGGUGAAGUGGUUUCAGCAUUGGGGAAGACCUAUCACCCAGACUGUUUUGUGUGUGCUGUUUGUAGAUUGCCUUUUCCUCCUGGUGACCGGGUGACCUUUAAUGGAAAGGAGUGUAUCUGCCAAAAGUGUUCCCUACCCCCAACUACCAGCGGGAGCGCUUACCUACUUCAAGGACUCCGGAAUUGUGGAGGCUGUGGAGCAGAAAUCAAAAAUGGCCAGUCUCUGGUGGCUCUAGACAAACACUGGCAUUUGGGCUGUUUUAAAUGCAAGACUUGUGGAAAGCAACUGAAUGCAGAGUAUAUUAGCAAGGAUGGUGUCCCUUACUGUGAGGCUGACUAUCAUACCAAGUUUGGCAUUAGAUGCGACAGCUGUGGAAAAUAUAUCACUGGCAGAGUAUUGGAGGCAGGAGAAAAACACUAUCAUCCUUCCUGUGCGUUAUGUGUCAGGUGCAGCCAGAUGUUUGCAGAAGGCGAGGAAAUGUAUCUUCAAGGUACAUCCAUCUGGCAUCCAGCCUGUAGACAAGCAGCCAAAACUGAAGAAAAAAACAAGGAAACAAGAACUUCCUCAGAGAGCAUAAUUUCUGUGCCUGCCUCAAAUACAUCAGGAUCUCCAAGUCGUGUGAUUUAUGCUAAACUUGGAGAUGAAAUUCUUGACUACAGGGACUUGGCUGCCCUUCCUAAAAGCAAAGCCAUCUAUAACAUCGACCGCCCAGAUAUGAUCUCCUACUCCCCAUACAUCAGUUACUCCUCAGGUGACAGGCAUAGUUAUGGAGAGUCACCUCAGUUGCUCUCUCCAACUCCUCCGGAGGGUGACCAAGACGAUCGAUCAUACAAGCAAUACAGGACCUCCAGUCCAAGCUCCACAGGAUCAGUCAGCUAUGGGCGUUACACUCCAACUUCCCGCUCCCCUCAGCAUUACAGCAGACCAGCUGGUACUCUGAGUCUUGGUACCAGUAGCUGCAUCUCCCUGCCCCAACACCCAAGCCCUACAUCUAUGUUCAGACAUCAUUACAUCCCUUACUUCAAAGGUAGUGAAAGUGGCCGGAGCACUCCCAGUUUAUCCAUGUAUUCAGACAGCAAACCUUCACCUUCUACCUAUCAGCAGGCUCCUAGACAUUUCCAUGUGCCAGACUCUGGAGUAAAAGAUAACAUCUAUAGGAAACCCCCCAUCUACAAACAGAAUGUGACAAAGAAAUCAGACGGAGAAGAUGGAAGUUUUGAUCCCGAUAAUCGGAAGCAAAAAACCAAUUGGUUGUUUCUCAAGGGUGAUAUGGACACUAGAACAAACUCACCUGACCUGGACACACAGUCACUAUCUCAUAGUAGUGGUACCGAGCGGGACUCUCUUCAGAGAGUGCAAGGAGACUUCUAUUCACGAUUCCCAUAUACCAAAUCUGCUUCUCUCCCUGGAUAUGGAAAGAAUGGAUUCAACCGGAAUGCAAAUAUGGCCCAAUAUGAAGCAGACCAGGAUACCAGUUGGGGGAUGCGAGAAUACAAGGUAAGAGGGAACGCGGAAGGAGUCUCAUACCUGACCAGGUUAAAGGGGUCCUAUUUCUUGUUCUUACCCUAUGAAAUGUCUAUGUCAAUUAUGGAUGCAAGUAUGUAUGAUUUACAUCAGCCAUUUUUUAAAGCCACUCAUUCUCCCCACCCCCCUUCCCCUCUUCCCCUAGCACAGCCAGAGCACUCUGAUUGAAUCUGUUGGGCUCUUUCUUUUUUACAACAGAUCUAUCCCUAUGACAUGCUCAUUGUCACAAACCGAAUUCGAGUGAAAUUGCCCAAAGAUGUGGACAGGACCAGACUAGAGGAGAGUCCAAGGAACAACUGAGUUGGUUGAAGAGACUCCAGAGAGAACCAGAAGAUAUCUUGUUCAAAGAGGAUCUAAAGAAUCUGGAGCGGUUUAACUGGGAGAAGAAAAAUCUUGUUUAAGGAAAAGAGGGAACAUGUUAGAUGUCUUGCAAGGGUUGUUAAAUGGAAAAGGGAUGUCUUGUUUGUCUGCCCACAGAGGCUGUGGGAAAUAGAAAGAGAAUGGCGAAAAGCAAAGUAGAUGACUUAGGCUCAAUUUAAGGUAAAUUCUCCUAAUAACUAGAGCUUUCUUGGGAGAUAGAAUUUUGCCAUUAUUACAGGAUAUCUAGUUGAGGUUAAGAGAAUACUUGUUGGCUAUAUCAUACAGAUGAUUUGUCUUCAGGUAAGGAAUGGACAAAAUGACCUCUGAAGUCCCUUCCAGCUUUGAAAUUCUGUGACUUGGUUUCAUUUUUUGCAGUUAUACAGCAUGAUAUUACUUAUUUUUCUUGACCAAUAGAAUAGUUUCCCAGACCCUUCACAUGAGGUGAAAAUUGUUCAUAAGAGCAAACCCCCAUUAUUUAAUAAGUAUUUCUUAAAUGAACACACCUAGGUACUUUAUACCUUUUUUCAAGCUUAGCAGAGCUACUGGCAUCAUUAUUCUGGUACUUUGGGACCAUUAUUAAUAACAAAAUAGCAUUAAAACAAAAAGAAGCACUGCUUUGACACGGACACAAAUUGUUCCAAGUGGGCAAAGUGGACAAAGAUUGUUAGGGGAACUAAUGUUUGGUGCAGAACAAUGUAAUGACUCCCUGUACUGUUUCUCACAGUGAGAAUGAGUGUGAUUGGGUAAACUGCUAUAAGACUUUAGGCUGCUUGGGAAUAUAGAGUUAGCACAAAAUUAAAAUUUUUACUUUCUAUGUUUUCCUGCCUGAAUUUUUUUGACUGCCAAUCAUAUAUACCUGAAUUCAUGUGUGCUGUCUGUAUAAACUGAGAUCCUACUAUACUUCCCAAAAGCAGUUUCCUAUAAUUUGAGGCAACUUUCUUUUAAAGCACAUUUUUGGGGGUGGGGUGAGAUUUUUAGGAAGAGUUUUUGAUCAAAUGCUAUUUGUCUUAGAGCUUAGUUAGUAAUAAAUUUCCUCUUCUUUUUUUUAAAGCCUUACCUUCUUUCUUAGAACCAAUACUAAGUAUUGGAUCCAAGGAAGAAGAGUGGUAAAGGCUAGCCAAUUGGGGUUAAGUGAUGCCUAGGGGAACAUAAAUAGGAAGUGUCUGAGACUCAGUUUGAACCUUCCCUCUCCAAGUUUGGUUCUCUAUUCACUGAGUCACCUAGGUGCCUCUAGAGAAAUUUCUGACCAAUAGUAUGGUACCAGGAGGCUGGAUAAAAGUAGAAAGAACAUUGUAUUUAAAGUCAAAAGACUGAAUUCAUAACUUGAAUUGCUGAAUUUUCUGGCUCUCUGAAAAUGCUAACUAUAUGAUCAUGAGCAAAUUUUUUUCCUUCUCGGGGACUCAGUUUAGUCAUGAUUAAAAUGGGUUGUGGGGUCAGAAGACUUCUGAGGUUUCCUCUCACUCUGUAUCCUAUGAUACAAAUGAUUCUGCCAUUAAAGGGCCCAUUAUCAUAACCAGAACUAUUUCCCUGGUGCUUAAUGGCUCACAAAGGGUCUUUCCUCACAAUAAGCUUGGGGAGGCAAACAGAGUUGGUCCCUGAGGUCCCUUUGAACCAGGAGAUGUUAUGAAAUUAAGACCAAGAGAGAGAAAGAGGCUUCUGACCUUCUCAUAACUAGCGAGCAGAGUUGGAAUUCCUACCUGAGCCCUCCAAUCCUAUGGUUUUGCCAUGGCAACAUGUUUGAAAUCUGAAACUGUCAGCUGACUUCUAAACUGAGGGCUCACACUGUGAUUCUAAUUGGAUUUAUCUAAACUUUGCCCCAAACAGCCACGAGUCUGCAGUUCCCCCAAUCCCACCUCCAUACCUUCUUUUUAAGCAUGAGUGAAUAUUUCAAAUAAGUAUUUGACUCUGAGUCUAAUACUUAAUUCUUCUCUUUGUCAAGCUAUCAACUGUAACAUUUUGCAUAAAGAGUAAACAUAAAGGGGCAGCUGGGUAUCUCAGUGGACUGAGAGCCAGGAUUGGAGAUGAGAGAUGGUAGGUUCAAAUCUGGCCUGGUACAGUUCUUAGCUGUGUGACCCUGGUCAAGUCACUCAACCCCCAUUGCCUAGCCCUUACCCCUCUUUUGGCAUGGAACCAAUAUACAAAAUGGAUUCUGAGAAAGAAAGUAAGGGUUUUAAAAAAAGAAAAAGUAAACUUGAAUCCAUUUCUUCAUAGAACAGAGUAGUAAGUACAUUUAAAAUUGUACAGCACAUAGAUAUGACCCUAGGCUAUUCAGAAUUAGAUUCAAUUUAUUCUAAAUUUUCAGAGGAGUGAAGAUAGCUCCCUCUUCUACUAACAGUUCCUAUAUGCACAACAACUAGAUAAACUGCAACUCUUUGUAGUUUUCCAGACUUUACUUCCUGAAUGCUGCUUGUUCCCUGAUUCAUUUUAUAAGACUCCUAAGUAUUUGGCACUGUGCUAAUGUUCUCACUCGCCUGAGCAAUCCAGACAUCCAUCAAUCAGUCAACUAACAAGCAUUUAUCCAAAACCUGCUUCAUGCCAGGCACCUUACUUGCCAUGGGGGAAUUCAAAUACAAAAGAAAGAGAGUCUCUCCCUUCAAGAGAUUUACAUUCUGCUGUAUUGUGGGGAUGUAACAUGUUCAUGGAUAAAUACAAACAAAGUGAAUGACAACUAGAGAAAACUAGACAAGCUCUAUUGAAAGCAGAUGAUAGGAGCAACUAGAUGGCUUCAUGAAUAGAAAGCCAGGCCUAGAAAUCAGAGAUCUUGGAUUCAAAUAUGACCUUAGAUACUUCCUAGCUGAGAGCUUCUGGGUAAGUCAUUUGAUCCCAAUUGCCUACCUCUUUUCUGCCUUCGAACAUAUACUGAUCAUCAGUUCUAAACAGGAGGCAAGGGUUUAAAAAAAAAGAAAAGAAAGAAAAGAAAGGAGAUGACAGUUGAGCUAAGCUUGGAUUUAAGAGGCAAAGAGGAGAGAGGAGAAUAUUCCAGGUAUGGAGGACCAGGUAUAGAAAAUGGGAUGCUAUUGACAAGGAACAGCAAGAAGACAUCUUUUUCUGGCAUGAAGAGUCUAUGAGGGGAUAUACUAUGUAAUCAGUUUAGAAAGAUAGGAUGAAUCCAGGUUGCCCAGGGCUUUAAAUACAAAAUAGAGGAGAUUGACAGGUAUGCAUUGUACCACAAGGGUAGAGCCUUCCAGAUGGGGAAAUAACUGCUCACCACGAUAGGACCAGGGUAUACACGUGGAGAGUCUAGAGUCCAGAUGAUGAAGGCCAAAGGGGAAGAAAUAAAAGACUUGUCAAAACAUGGAAGCAAAGUUUUAAAAACCCUCCAGAGGAGAGUUUAAUGUCCUUAAGAAAAAUUGAGACACUUGGCCACCAUUAUUCAUUCAGCAUGUCGAUUCCAGAAGAUGCAGACAACUCUUCAGAAAAGCUUAAGGCAAAUGCAAAUCUGGGAGCAAAGUUAGAUCAUUGAUACCAUAGGAAGAGUGGAAAGAACAGAAUCCUAGAGGGCAAAGUUUAAUGAUAAGGGUUAUAUGUAAGUUAAAACACCCAACAUGAGUUACAGAAAAAUAGCAGCAAUCCUCAAAAGUCAAGAGAGCCCACAUCUACAUUCUGACUUCCCACCCCCAAAAACAGAAUUCUGUAUCAAAAGCUACAUCCCUGUAUAAUACAUUACCAUUGGUAAAGCCUGGUUGCUUUUGUGGGAUGAGAUAAACUCUUUCUGGAAGUACCCAGAGGGAAUAUCCUUGCGAUUCUUUUUUAAUUAAAAGGAGCUUUUUUUAUUCGGACUAUAAACCUGGGUGUUUUAAAUGUAAUCACUUUUGCCCAGGAGAGCAGAUUUUUUGAUGAUAGCACAGAAACAUAACAAAAAUCCAACACUCUCUAGUGAGCAGUCUUCUGGGAAAUGAAGCUGUAUGAUCAGGAGAAUGCCCAAUUAAUUUUUUCUUAUUGUUCCCUUAAGCAGUGAAGAGCUUUAAAAGAAGAAAAAAAUCUAAUACAUUUGUAUCAUUUUUUAUAAAUACGCUUCAAGGUAUCACAGAUUUUUUCCAAUAUAUGUAGCAAUUUUCAAGGGCUUGAUAAAAUUAUGCCAUACCAUAAUAAUCUAAAUACAGAUCAUAUCUCAGUAAUAAUCAUAAGAAGGCAAAGAAGAGGGAAGACGAGAGCAAAGGAAGAAGGAAGAGGAGAAGGAGAAAGAGAAAGAGGAAGAAGAUGAGGAAAGGAGAGAGAGGAAGAACAAAAAAAUGUUGUUGUGGCUAUUUUUCCUUCUUUUUCAAAGAGGAUCAGUCUCAUCAUGGAUGAGGCCUUGACUUACCCGUGAACUGGAUUUAAGUGAGACAGAGUUGCACAGAGUCUUCUGCCCAACUCUCUCAAUAGUUCAGUGGCCUCUUUGAUGUCUGACCAAGCUUUAAGUGCUCCACAGUGCCCACUUUAGCCACCUUCAUGGCCUCUGGAACAAAUUGUUCCUAUCCACCCAUUCCACCAGGGGAUGUUUUCAUGUUUUCACAUGCUUAGGAUAGACAUCUUCCCAACUCACCAACAAAUUUGAGCCUGACAGUUACCUUCAAUUUAUUUAAGGUUUGAAUAGACUUUGGGGACCAAAAUCAGGAAGAUGAGUUCAAAUCUGGCAUCAGACACUAUCUGUGUAACCUUGAAAAAGUCUGUAUCCUCAACUGCAAAAUGCAGAUAUUAGUGUUAAGAUUGAAAUUCUCUGGAGAUUGCAUAUUAAUUUAUAAUUAUUUAUUAAAUAGUGAAAGUUGGUUGGAGAGAGAAAAAGCACAUAAUUACAUUGUCAGUCGCCUACCUAUCUUGAGCUCACCACUCACUGUAUGUCCCCUCCAGCUGCUUCCUAGCCAAGAGAGAGCAAACUUCCUUUAUCUAUAGCUUAUAACUGUGCUGAUGCCACUUUUUCUGGAUCUCCCUGGUUGGACAGACUUGACCCCAGUCAGGGUCAGAGGCCAAUCUUCUGGACUCCACGAGUCAUGUGAGACAAGAAACAAGCAUCUUCCAAGAUGCAAGAGAGCCAAAGACUUCACCUUAUACAGAAAAGCCUCAGCUUCAUUCCCUAGUCAAAGGGUAGAGGGGAGACCAGAAUGGAUUUUCCAGACUUGCCUUUUGGAAAUGGAAGAAGGAUACAGAUUUAUGUUCAUUUCACAUGAAAGCACCUACCUUGCAAGGUUGUUGUCAGGAUAUAAUGAGAUAUUUGCAAAGGGCUUAGCACAAUCUGGUGCAUAGUGGGCGCUACUAUAUAAAUGUUAGUAUUAUUAUUGCACAUUAUUUCCAUUUGAUCCUCAGGAUAGCCGUAGGAGGUAGGUCCUAUUAUUAUCCCGUUAAGUGGAUAAUGAGAAAACUGUUUAGAGAGGUUAAAUGAAUGGACAGGAUUUGAGGAGUACACUAUCUGGUACGUGAUACGUGCUUAAUAAAUGCUUAUUCUUUUCCCCUCUCAUAGCAGGUGGUACUUGAACUGAGCAUUAUAGGAAACUGGGAAUUCUGAGAGGCAGAAGUGGGAUGAGAGAAUAUCUCAAGCUUGGGGACAGCUUGUAUGAAAGCAUAGAAGUAGAAGAUGGGGAAUAAGGAGGCCAGUUUCACUGGACACAAAAGGACAUGAAGGGGAGUGAUACGUGAGAAGCUGAGGAGGGCUAGAGACAGAUUAUAAAGGGCUUUGAAUGCCAAAUAAAUGAAUUUAUAUUAUACCAUACCCUAAAAGAAGCAACUGGAGCUCUUUGUUAGCCUACCCAAGCAGAGUUUACCCAUGCUGCUGGCCCAAGCCCAACAGAACAAUUAUAAAGAGCUCUGCUGUGUCAUAGACAGAAACUAGCUGUAGAACUACUGCUGUGAUAUCUUGGACAAGUUAUUUCUCUUCUUCAAUCCUAACUCAGUUUCUCCCUCAGUAAGAGGGGGAUAACAAUACUUAUCAGAUUUGGGGAGAUGCAGAGGGGAAGGAGAAUAUGCUUUGUAACCUGAUGGCUCUUUAUAAACCUCACCAAUCAUUGUCCUCUUUAAAGCUAGCCAGGCCUAGAGUAGUUUGUCUUUGCAUAAUAUAGGUCUCAUGAAUUCAAUUAUUAUCUCUAUGAAGAUGUUCUCAGAUCUCUAUAUGCAGCCCUAGUCUCUCUACUGAGCUACAAUCUCACUGACUUUUCGACGUUUUAUACUAGGUGUCCAUUCGAUAUCUCAAAUUCAAAAUGUCUUUCCUAUCACUGUCAAGCUACCAUCAUUCUCCUCGUCACACAGGCUAACAACCUUAGACUCAUCUUUAACUCCUAACUUCCAUUCCCUUCACAUAUCCAAUAAGUUGCCAAGUUGUCAUUGUCAACUUGGAAAAAGCACAGAACUACUAAAGUAGUCAGAUAAAACCAAGUAAUUAAUAAUCAGGAAAGAGAAAGGUCCAGUAUAAUCGGCCGCCAUCACAGAGCCAGAUGCCAGGAUACUACACAGAGUCAAAACCCUGGAGCUCUGGGGACAGUGUCUCUGAGAGAAUGCACCACGAGGAUGAUUCUCCAAAGAAACACUAGAACCUAGGAAUCUUAUAUACCUUUUGGGGAAUGCAGGGCAUCAGAUAUACACUGACUGGUUGUAAGCAGCCUUGGGAAAGAGGCUGUAGCCAGAGGCUGGGGUACCAGGGAGUGGUCUACUGACAAUGGAUAAUAAAAGGAUGGUUCCUUCACAGGUGUUGGUCUUCUUGGGAAUGAGCCUCUGAUAUAAUAAGUCCAAAAGAGUACUUAAAUUUGAUUAGAUCUGCUAGCCCCACCUAAGCUGGACUCAUCAAGUACUUAAAGGUCUAUUAUUCAUUCUGAAAUAGGUGAGUCUGGAACUUCUCAAGGGACAGGGGCAAAAUUGAGGUCUUCAGAUUUCAAGUUGACAUCAUCAAUGGCAUACUUGAUGUAGAGUCAGGAAGACCUGAAUUAAAAUCCAGCCCCAGACACUUAUGCUAUGUGAUUACAGAUAGACAAGUUACUUAACCCUGUUUGUCUCCGUUUCCUCAAGUGUAAAAUGGGAAUAAUUAUAGCACCUACCUCUCAGGGAUCAAAUGCAGUAAUAAUUGUGACAUGCUUAGUUUAGUCCCCAGCACAAAGUAAUUGCUAUGUAAAUGUUAGCUAUUAUUAAUUUUACUACUACUUCUUCCUUCAUUCUAUCUACUCCAUCGACAGCUCCAGUCCUAGAUCAGUUAGCCUUUUUUGUGGUUUAGUCGUUUUUAGUCAUGUCCAACUCUGUGACCCUAUUUGGGGUUUUCUUGACAAGGACCCUAGAGUGGUUUGCCAUUUCCUUCUCUAAAUCAUUUGACAGAGAGAUGAGGAAACAGAGGCAAAAGGGAGUAUAGGUAUAUGUAAUCCUGAAUUUCUAAUGAAUGAGCAUACUCAGUAUAUUGACUGAAAGUCACAGUCAUUUCAUGGCAAAGCCAAAUGUCCCAAGUGUGAGUCAGUUCUUAGGCUUCUCUGAGGCAGGAAUUAGAGAACCCAGGCCAUCAGGUCAGAAGAGAAGCCAGUGAGUUUCCCAUCCUAGGGAGACAGUAGGUUGCAAUGGAAAGAACUCUGGGUUUAGUCAGAUGAACUGGGUUCUCAUCCUGGAUUUGCUCCUUCAAUUCAGUAAACAUUUAUUAAGCACCUACUAUGUGUCAGGCACUAUGGUAAGCCCUGAGGAUCCAAAAAGAGUCAAAAGGCAGUCCCUGCCCUCAAAGAACUCACAAUCGAAUAGAAGAGACACAUGCUAACACAUAUAUGCUUUUUAAGCUCUAUACAGGUUAAGUAGAAAAUAAUUAAGAAAAGGAAGGCACUGGAAUUUAGAAAGAUUGUGGAGGGCUUCCUGUGGAAAGUAGGAUUGUAUUCAGUACUUAAAGGAAGUCAGGGAGGUCAGUAGUGGAAGUGGAGGAAGAUUAUAUAUAUGAAUGUGCCCAAGAGGACUGUUAAUCUUUUUCUAAAUGACCCCAAAGUUCAAAAAUACCCCUUUUGGUAAUACUCAUCAAACUAGUUAGAUUAGGAAGUGUGAAAACUUCAAAAAUAUGUAUCCAGCUCUUCCUCCUCCCUCUAAGUCCAAAACUUAAAUCACCUUUUGAAAACCCAGACUAAUUUUUCUUGAAGAAGUGGAUUUCUCUUGGUAGGAACUAUAAGUCACUUUGUGCUGAGUCCACAGCAAGGCAGGCUAUUUGCCCAGGAGGAAGGAGAGGGAAUGAGCAUUUAUAUGGUACCUACUAGGUGCCCAGCAUUUUGCUAAACAAUUGCUAAACAUUAUAUCAUUUAAUACAGCAGCCCUGGAAGGAAGGUGCUGCUAUUAUUCCCAUUUUACAGUUAAGGAAACUGAGACAUAAGGAGGUUGAGCUCAGGGUUACCCAAGCUUACAAAUGUCUGAGACAAGAUUUGAGCUCAUGUCUUCCUGACUUCAGGUCUGGUGCUCUAUCGACUGCACCAGCCUAGCUUCCUGGUACAAAGUAGGCCCCUAAAAAUUAUUCAUUGUAUUGACUGACUGUAUGAAUCCUGAUUCCAAUGUAUUGGCUUUGUAAUCCUGAACAAAUCACUUUUCAGUAAGCUUCUGUUUCCUCUGGAAAAGAGAGGUGUCUAAUAAAUGCUUGUGAGACCUGCUUCUACCAGUGACAUUUUGAGUGGGAAGUGCCUGGAUUUUUACUCUGAAAUGUUCCUUAUAGGGAACCUGCCACUUAGUGUGACCUGGAACAAUCUGACUAACACUUCUGGAGUGCCUAUUAGCUAUGUUAGUCAAAGGGAAUACAAAGUUAAAAUUCCCAAAACAAAUGUACGAGGCAUCCCUUCCAUAUUCCGACUUUCCCCAGUCACAGCCUCAAUGUAGCACAAGUUGGCAUAAGAAACCAAGUGGCAAUUUGGGGAAAGUUUUGUAGAAGCUUAUAAUGACACACAAAGGCCAGCAAAUAACACACAAAAAGUUUAGAAACUCCAAUCACAAAAGACUUGUAUAAUAUUGUAUAAUAUCACCACAUUUCAUCUUUUAAAACCACGAAUAUGGCCAAUUUCUUUUUUUAAGUUAAAAUAAGUAAAACGGUAAAGUUUGCAACAAGAAUAUGAAGGCCAGCAGAUGACACACAGAGGCCAGAAAAUGUAGAGAUUAUCUUGAAAAGUUAGUAACUCAUCAGUGCAUAUAAAAAGAAAAAGAAAAAAUUUCAGAUUUCUUCUCUGGUCCAAAGAGGGGGCUGAAAAUGUUUGCAUGGAUUUUCCAGAUCAAGGCUAACCCUAGAGAUGUGGAAGGGAUGUCUUUAUAUUUAUUGAGGUGGGGUGGGGGGAGGGAGAAGUAAAGUAUGUCCUCAAGUAAGUAAAUAUAAGAAUAUACAAAAUUAUUUCAACUGGAAGCCUAAAAACUGGGAGGAUGGGAAGAGUGAUCAAGGCACGUUAAGGACGUGUUCCCAAAGAUGUGUUUUUAAGGAAACUCAGGACUCCUCCUUGGAGAAAUGAGCAAUGGUGACAACCACCCUUCCCCCCAAGACUUCAAUGGAAUCAUUCAUUCACAGGCACAGCUGUAGGACAUAGUAUGAUGUGUCUAAGAACAUUAUUGGGGGAGAGGUGGGAUGGCAGUUAGAUGGCUCAGUGGAUUAAGAGCCAGCCUAGACAUGGGGGUCCUGGGUUCAAAUCUGGUCUCAGAUACUUCCUAGCUAUGUGACCCUGGGCAAGUCACUUAACCCUCAUUAAUUAGCCUGUACUGCUCUUCUGUGUUGGAAUCAAUACACAGUAUUGAUUCUAUGACAGAAGGUAAGGGUUAAAAACAACAGAAAAAACAACAAGGAGGACAGUUUGACUGGAAGAAAGUGAAAACAAACCACUUCCUCUCCCUGGGAUCCACAGUCCUAAAGCAAUUGGAUUAAACUAGAGUUUCUAAAAUCCCUACCAGCUCUAAAUAAGUUUUAUGAACAUUUGAAUUCCCUUAAGGUGUGGAGGAAUCCAGGGGGCAGCCCAGGUGUUCCCGGAGGAGGGAGGAGAACUCUGGGGAAAGGCUAAAGUUACCCAGAUUGGAAUGAGUCAAGCCUGGGACCUUUCUUAUCUGAUCUUUCUUGGUUUAGAGCCAGAGCCCAAAACAGUUGGGCAGGAUUAGGUAAUAGCUUCUUGGGGCACAAAGCCAGAGCUGGCUAUUAAUUCACUCAGUGACUUCAAUGAAUUCUGGAAAGCAGGAGCAGGCUUGGGGUGCCCUGAACAAUCAAUCCUUUGUGAAGUUGAGUAGUGACUGUGCAAGGUAUAAAAUGCUGCCCCCGGGUAUCAAAUAUUGAUUCAGAUUUGAAAUAGAAUGUUAUGUUACACUUAAUUCCUUUAAUAAACAAACCAAAGCAAGAAGAGGCUUAAAUACCUAGAACCUAGAAUGCCAGAAUUGUUAAGAAAUCCUCUAGAUCAAGUUAAAAAACAAUCCUUCUUCCCAGCUGUAUGACCCUGGGGAAGUCACUUAACCCCCAUUGCCUAGCCCUUACCUCUCUUCUGCCUUGGAGCCAAUACACAGUAUUGACUCUAAGGCAGAAGGUAAGGUUUUAAAAACAAACAAACCCCAAAACAAACAAAAACCAACUCUUUCAUCCUGUCUUAGAAUCAAUCCUAAAUAUCAGUUUCAAGCAGAAAAUCAGUACGGGAUAGGCAAUUGGGAUUAAGUGACUUGCCCAGGGUCAUACAAAUAGAAAUUGUCUGAGGUCAAAUUUGAAUCCAGAACCUCUUAUCUCCAGGCCUGACUUUCUGUCCACUGAGUCAUCUAGCUGCCUCUAUUUUGUUCUUUUGUUUUUCUUAAAAUUUUCUCUGCCAUGGAUCAUUUUGGCAAUCUAGUGAAACUUAGGAACUUCUCAAAAUUAUCUUUUUAAUUGAAUAAAAUGCAUAGGAUUACAAAGACAACAAUUAUAUUGGAAGAGUUAUAAAAUAUAUUUUUAAAACAAAUUCAUGAACUCAAGCUUUAAGAACCUCUGAUUUAGAUCAAACUCCUUCCCAAUUUUAUAGAAGCAAUUGAAGGUCAAAGAAGGAAAGGAUUAUACCCAAAUGAAGGAUAAAGUUCUUUUAAGAGAAAAUUAUUCAAAUGCCUACUUUCUUUAAGGAACAAUAAAUGGACAAAAAUCUCUGUCAUUUACUUUCCCUCCCACCCCCAUCAGCAGAGACUUGUACCUUUGGUACCCUAACCUCAUUGUUUGCAUUGCUUGAUAGGGAGUUAUUUGGGAAGUGUUUCACUAUGGUAACAAGAAUUCUCUUUUCCCACAAGUCUGAUUUCCUAGCUUUUAGACAUGUUAACUCUAUAUAGCAAUGUCUAGAAGUCAGUGACACUAUCAGUGCCCUGGGAUUAGAAAACUGACAUGCCAACUACCCUGCCACAUGUGCACACACCUUCCCUGUCUAUCAAGGUCCCCCAAAGGGCUCUCUUUAGUACAAGCCAUCAUUAGAAUUUGGUCCUUGAAGUCCUGACCUUAUUCACAAAUGCCUAGUCCAUAGAGUAUUAUCUUCUUCUGGGUUUAGCCUGCUCCAGAAUAUUUGUUAUAUGCUUUGAGGCAUGAUGGCAGCAAGAAGAGGGAGCCAGGAAAGAAAUUUGGUCUAGAAUAGGGUGACGUAUAGAAACUUUGUCAUACGGGAAAUAAUUUAAAGAACUAGGGAAAUGGGGCAGCUAGGUGGCUCAUUGGAUUGAUUGAGAAUCAGGACUAGAAAUGGGAGAUCCUGGCUUCAAAAACCUUCCAGUUGUGAGACCCUAGGUAAGUCACUUAACUGUAUCCCCCCUCCCCCUGCAGCCUAGCCUUUAUCACUCUUCUGCCUUGGACCCAAUACACAAUGUUGAUUCUAAGAUAGAAGAUGAGGGUUUAAAAAGAAGGAAAAAAUAACUAGGAAUACUUAGUCAAGAAAAGAGAAGACUUAGGAGAAGGGGUCAUGAUCACAAUAUUUUAAUGGCCUGAAAGGUCACCAUGAGAACCCUAGAAUCGAUUUGUUCUCCUCAACCUCAGAGGGCACAACUAGAAACAUUAAAUGGAAAGUUCAGUGAGACCAAUUUGACCCAAUAUAAAGGAAAAUUUCAGGACAAUUGGAACUGAUCAAAUGUGGGAUGGACAGUUCCAUUACAGUCACUGAAAGGUGCAGGUAGGUAACUCAGUGAAUAGAGCCAGGUUUGGAGAUGAGAAGGUCCUGAGUUCAAAUGUGAUCCCAGACACUUCCUAGCUGUGUAACCCUGGGCAAGUCACUUAACCUCAAUUGCCUAGCACUUAGUAUUGAUUAAGACAGAGAAAAGGGAUUUAAAAAAAAAGAAAGCUUAAACAGAAGUGGAAUUAACUCUUAUUGGAAAUGUCAUAGAGAAGAUUCCUUCAUUAGAUAACUUGAAUUUGAUGUCCUUUGGCCUUAUGUAUAGACUAUGAUGUCCUUUGACCAUAUGUGUGGAUAUAAUUAACUAGGUAGCACAACACUGCCCAUGGAAUCAAGAAUACUCCUCUUGAUGAAUUUAAAUCUGGCCUCAGACACUAGCCGGGUGACUUUCUCAGUUUCCUCAUUUGUAAAAUGAGCUAGAGAAAUAAAUGGUAAACCAUUCCAGUAUCUUUGCCAAGAAACCCCCCAAAUGGAAUUAUAGAGUCAGAUAUGACUGAAAUGGUUAAACAAUGGCAACAAAUGGAAAACUGCCCAAGGUGGCACAGGAAAUAAAGAGUUUGGCCAAGAGUCAAGAAAACCUGAAUUCAAAUCUAGCCUUAACUACUUCCUAGCUGGAUGACUCAGGGCAAGUUGCAAAACCUCUGUUGGCCUAAGUUUCAACUGUAAACUGGGGAAAAGGCCACCAUCCCAGGGUUGUGAGGAUGAAAUAAGAAAAUAUUUAUAAAAGUGUUCAGAACAGUUCCUAGCAGAAAGCAGGCACUUAAGAAGUGGUUAUAUCCAUCUUUCUGUCCUUUCUUUAACAUUCCUUCCAAUUCUAUGGUUGUGGGAUUUCAGUGUUGCUCUUAUAUGUAUAAGGAAACUAAAUAGUUAAAAAGAGAAAAAUGAGAGGUGUUCUGAACAGUAGUGUCAAAUUCAAGUGGAAAUGGAUGAGUUAUAAAGAUCCCUUCAGGUCACAUACUGACUUAGAGAACCACAAGUUAACAUUUCCUAUGUCCUUUUGUAUUUUAUUUAUUAAAUGUUUCCUAAUUACAAUUUAAUAUGUUUGGGGGUGACCAGUAGAGUUUGACACUUCUGUAUGAAACAAUUGCUUUUAAUUUACAAAAAAAAAAAGAGGGAUUCAAGUUGAGGACUUCCUUUGUAAAUCUGACAUUAAGUGGGUACCACAUAUUAUGAAGGGCAAUGAUAAACCAGAGAGUAUCCAGAGAAGGGCAGCCAGAUGAAAAGGGGCAUCAGGUUCUUGCUAUGUGAGAAUUGAAGGAAUUGCAGAUAUUUGCUCCAGAGAAGAGAAAGCUCACGGGAAACAGGAUAGUUCUCUUCAAGUAAAAUGGAACCUUGAAUCAUGAGCACCUUAAGUCACCAGCAAUUUCAGAUAUGAGCUGUCAUGAUUAGGAUUUUUUUGCUUUAAAUCAUGAGCAGAUAUUUGAAUCACAAGCUUCUGCCAGUGGAAUGAGUCCAAGGUGGAUGAAGUAAUCAGUACAAGCAAGGUUAAGAAAAUGUUGAGGAUUUGGGAAGAAAUUAAACAGUUUAUUGAAAAGACACAUACAGAAAAAAUUACAAUAGUCGUACAUUGGAGCUGUGUGAUGACACUUGUUUCAUAUAUUAUCAAAACAUUCUGAAAGGGAGGAAGAAACAAGCUUCCAUAGAAAGAUCUUUGUUAAAACAACCUCUAAGUGAAAUUGAGGAAGGCAUGGCAAAACAGCCAAAAUUCAAUGAAGAAAAUGAUGAUAAAUAAAGUAAAAAAAUAGCAAUAAAGUUAGAUAUCACAAGUAAUGUAUAGUCAAUUUUGCAUUUAAAUGUAGCAUUGUGUGUAUAGAGAGUAAGUUAUGUUAAGCAAUAGUGCACAAAAUGUAAACCUUCUCUGUCAGCAUCUUUGCCUGACCUUGAAGGCAAAUAAUAUUUCAUAAGCAAGUUUAUGUCUUUACAUUCUUAUUAUCUAUAAAUAUAUUUAUUAUUCAUGAUUUAUAAGGUACGUUUUCAUAUUUAAAAGCAUAUAAAACAAACAAUUUGUGUGUUUUGGGGGGGAGUUGGAAUGGACUAAUUGCACUUCCAUUAAUUUAAAUGGGGAAAUGCAAUUUGACACAGGAGCAAACUGAGUUAAGAGCUUGGCCAUGGAAUGAAUUAAACUCCUGUGCCAAGGUACCAAUGUAGUUGAAUGACUCUCAUGCGAAAGAGAGAUGAGACUUUAUUCAUCUUGACCUUGAAGUGCACAAAUAGGAAAUAUCCAUGGAAAUUGCAGAGGCAAAUGAAGACUCCACAUGUAAGAAAAUACUUCUUAAUGAUUAGACUGGUCGAAAAGUAGAUGAGGCUACCCAAAGAGGUAGUGGGCUCCCCCACAUCAGAAGUCUCCAGUCCGAGGUCAGUGGGCCAAUUAGGCAAGGUUACAAAGGAUAGUCUUGUUCAGAAUAUAUGUGUUGACUAGUUGCCCUGGAGUAACAGUUGGGGUUGGUUCUGCUGUACUAAGACCUUGCUUGUAGCAAGCUUGUCAAACAGGAAAUACAGACAUAUCAUUUGCCUCAUUUUACAGAUGAGAAAUUCAUAGCUUCAAGAGGUGACUAGACUUGUUUAGACUCACACUAAUAACUCAGAACUGGGAGCCUUUGCUGUUGUUAUGAGGUGUGUGUGUGUGUGUGUGUGUGUGAGAGAGAGAGAGAGAGACAGAGAGACAGACAGACAGACAGACAGAGAGACAGAGAGACAGAGACAGAGACAGAGAGAGACAGAGAAAUAGAGAGAGACAGAGACAGAGAGAGAGAUUUUUCUUUUUGCAAAAAUAGUGGGAUAAAGGGAACAGCUAGGUGGCUCAGUGGAUUGAAAGCCUGACCUAUAGACAGGAGACAUUGGGUUCAAAUCUAGCCUCAGAUACUUCCUAGCUGCAUAAUCCUAGGCAAAUCACUUAACCCUUAUUGCUUAGUCUUGACUGUUCCUCUGCCUUGGAAUCAAUAUAUAGUGCUGAUUCUAAGUUGGAAGGUAAGGGUUUUUUUUAAAAAAUAAUAAUGAUAAAAGUGGGAUAAUUGCCUUUCUUUAAUAAUUAAAAAGCUCUUGCUUCUUACUGUCUUUGAAACAACCCAAUCAUUUCUGCACAGGACAUUGAGAUAGAAAGAACCCUGGACAUACUUCAGUCUUCUGGAUUUAGAAUGGGCUCAGAUCUUGUCCCUCCUAUUUAUUGACUGGGCCUUGAAAAAGAAAUCACCUAGCUUUAUGACCCUGGGCAAGUCACUGAAUACCCACUGCCCAGCCCUUACCACUCUUUUGCCUUGGAACCAAUAUACAAUAUUGAUUCUAAGAUGGAAAGGAAGGAUUUAAAAAGAAGAAAGAAUCACAUCUCCUUUCUGGGCCUCAGUUUUCUAAUCUGAACAAUGAAGGGCUUGGACUAAUUGAUAUCUAGGGUGUGUGUGUGUGUGUGUGGUGUGUGGUGUGUGGUGUGUAAGAUAACAAUCUUGGCCUUCUCUGACUGGCACAUACAAGGUUGUCAAGUUUCCAACAUACCGUUUUGGUCCCCCGCUGGUAGGCAGUCUUCUUUUUGGUAGACUCCAACAGGCCUUCAAAACAGAGUUUGCAUCUCACUUCAUUUCCUUUCUGCUUCCUAGGUUUAACAUUCAGAACUCUGUCAAAAUAAUUGCAUUCAUGGCCUGUGAGGAAAUAACCUGACCUGCAUGUAUGUUUGUGAUGUUUAUCUGCCACUCUUCCUUUGAAACUGGAAUCUAAAGGGGAAAAUAUGGCAUUACUAUGGGGGUACCUGCCCCAAUUUCCCAGGACAAUUUCCAGCCCCUUUUAGGUCCAUCUGUUAACUAUGAGACCCCAAAAAAGAAGCAGUGAGAGUGAGAGCAAGCUCGGAGGGGAAUAAAGAGAGGGGGUCUCAGAAGUGAGAAGGAAGAGAAGGAUCUUCCUCCCAGUGUUCUAAAGGAGAGCAUGGCCCCAUGGUCUUUAGCACUUCUCUAUACCUUUUGACACUGAUCUCAUCCAGUUUAGUUGCUUCAACUAACAUCUCUAGGUUCAGAAAAGUGCAUAGAAAACUGGACUUGGAGUCAAGAAGACCUGGGUUCAAAUCUUGCCUCAGAUACUUACUAGCUGUGGGGCCCUAGACAAGACACUUUCAACUGUCACAUUCUUAAUUUCUUCAGUCUAUAAAAUGAGAAUAAUCUAUCUAACAGGGUGAUUUUGAGGAGGAGAGAGGAUAAUGUAGGUAAAGAAAUCCCCAAAUAUCAUUAUUACUUUUAUUGUUGCUAUUCUUGUUGUCUGUAUCUCACAAUCUCUCCUCUGAAUUUCAGUUCUCUGUUUGUAAUUAAUUUGUAGAUAUUUUUAUCAGAGCAUCCUUCCUCCCGGAACCUCAAAUCCAGCCCACUUAAAACCUGAACUUCCUACUUCCCCAGAAGACCUGUUCCUAAUCUUAAUUAAAAAGAGGAGUGCUGAAACCAGCUUCCUCCAGUUCUUCAGUCAUCUUUGACUCACUGGGCCUCCUCCACACCCUCCGCCCCAUGCUAUCAGAUGGCUGUCCUGCUCCCACAGCUCUUCUCUCCUGGAUUUCAGCAGCCCUUGCUAGCCAGUCGCCCCCCCCCCCCCUUCCCCUUUUCUCUUCCUUCCCUUCUCCAAGCCAUUCCACAGUCUAAAUCAACACAAUGCCUGGCACACAGCAAGUGUCUUAUAAAUGCAUGGUGGCUCGGCCACACAGCAGCUGCCAGAGUAAGUGUCCUAAUUCACAGACCUGACCAUGGGAAGGAGAUUUUCCUAUUCAGACAUCUCCACUUGAGGUCAGGUAACUGUUGGGCAAUUCCUCAACCUAGAAGACAUAAGAUCCAGCUUAGACCCCUUUUUGACCAGAGAGAGAAUAAGUCAAGGAGCAGAGGGCAGUUAGAUGGUUUAGUGGUUUGAGCACCAGCCCUGGAGACAAGAGGUUCUGAGUUCAAAUGUCACCUCAGACACUUCCUAGCUAUAUGACCAGGGCAAGUGACUUAAUCCCCAUUGUCUAGCCUUUACCACUUUUCUGCCUUGGAACCAAUACAUAAUACUUACGCUAAGACAAAAGGUAAGAUGUAAAGGGGGGAAAAAUAAAGCUAGAACAUAAAAAAAAAUUAAUUGGGGGCAGCUGCAUGGCUCAGUGGAUUGAGAGCCAUUCCCAGAGAUGGAGGUCCUGGGUUCAAAUAUGACCUCAGACACUUCCUAGCUGUGUUACCCUGGGCAAGUCACUUAGCCCCCAUUGCCUAGCCCUUGCUACUCUUCUGCCUUAGAACCAAUACCCAGUAUUUUGGUUCUAAGAUGGAAGGUAAGGGUUUAAAGAAAUUUUCAUUAGCAAUAGCAGAUCGCAACUGGAAGAACAAAGGGAGAUGAAGGGUUUUACACAGCUUUUUUGUGUGUGUCUCUAUUCAAUUCCUCUUAACCCUAUUAGGGAUUUUCUUAGCAAAAGUCCAAGAGUAGUUUGCCAUUUCCUUCUCCCAGUGAAGACAAUGAGGCAAACAGAGUUAAGUGAGUUGCCCAGGGUCAUAGAGCUAAUAAAUAUCUACAUCCGGAUUUGAACUCAAGAAGAUGAGUCUUCCUGACUCCAGGCCAGGUGCUCUAGCCACUGUGCCCUUUACACAGCCUUAGACUAAAAUUACUGGUGGCAAAAGGAGCCAAGUCUGCUUAGCCACUUGUUUAUGUGGAAAUGAAAUAGGGACAACUGGUUGGGUCGUUUAAGGGAGAAUGUCUCAACCUUUAGGUUGGAACAUGUUAAGCCUUGCAGUCUCUGGAGUUGCCAGAGAUCAGAGAUCAUCCUAAGGGGGAUGCUUUCCUCUGUAGUUAGUCCAAUCAGAGCAGUAGGUCUCUUAGUUAAUCCUUUAGAAUAUCCUGGUGGGGCUGAUAGUGGAAGCCUCCUUCAGAUUGAAUCGGGGGCUUUAUAUAUCCUAUUGUUGAGUAAAAUACAGAUUGAGGGUCUGCCUCCAUUCACACACUAGGGAACUCCCUUGCUUUGACUCCAGAAGUUACUUUCUUCUGUUAAGUUUUUCCCAAAUUCACAGCACACAGAUUUUAUCCAUUUCUCCCACGUGACUUUAAAACUAGAACUCAACCAGUCUUUCCCGAUGAGUUGACCGUUAACAGUUGAUAUACACAAUUCAGUGAAAACAGUUACUGAGUGCAAUAGUAAGAAAAGGAACUUAAAAACGUGCCGCCAUCCCCAUUCAUUUGAGGUACAUUCUUCAACAAACAGAGCAUCUCAGGGGAAAGUGCGCAGAAACUUAGAUAAUACAGGCAACACAUGUAUUCAAGGCAACUGACCCUUCUGGCGCUCCAGGGCCUAAUGUCCUGGCCCGCCUACUAAUGGUGUUCUUCUGGUUCCAUUCGGGGGCAAUGUCUCUCCUGGGUACAAUGCUCAGCUGGGCUCCCUGGAGCUCCUCACCUCUGCAACCCAGGCUCAACUGCCAGAGCCAGUUCUUAAUGGAAUUCCUACUUGGUCAUCCUCUCUUUUUGCCAGCAGUCACAUUCCUGGAAGCUGCUUCUUGUGCCUGACUCCUUGGCUCUGUAGCUCCUUUUUCUUGUUGGAUUGGAGUUGUGGGGAGAGAAGGAGAAGGCAGGAAGAUAACUUUUUCCUCUUGUAGAAGUGCUAGAGUUACACUCCCCAAGGCUACUCCGCUACCUCCAAUUAAUAGCUUGGCUUUUCUCGAGGCAUCCAGGGAUACGGCAAAUAUUCCCCUUCCAAUGGCCUAUUCGUCUUCAAAGUCUGUCAGAGAGAACUUCUUGACAGUUUUUAAAGGGAUAAUAACCAACAAACAUGUAUUAAGCUCCUAUUGCAUGUCAGGUGCAAUGCUAAAGAUUUAAAAAGAGGCAAGACAGUCCCUGCCCUCAAGGAGUCUCAAUGGAAGAGGCAUUCCUGUAGUAGUCUCAGUAACCGAGGAUGACGAUUGUCUUUGUGCGUUUUUGUGCACAAAGACACCUGUGCAUUAAGAUUUAAGUGGAAAAGUCGAUGCACAGAGACAGUCCCAUCUCUCGGCAUUGGAAGCCUGGGUCCAGUGGCACGAAAAAUUGUUACGUCUGGAGACUUCCUCAGCUGCAUUGGAUGGCCGUGUUGUCUUUUGUACUCCAACACGCCCUAAGCACUCCACAGUACUUUGCUGCAUCGCCAUCUCAGCCGUUGAACCUUCUUGUUGGUUUCUUCUGCCUGUUCCGCCGAAACAGUCUUCACAUGCUGGUUGAGCAAAGCCUUAGUUCACCAGGGGUCCACGAUGACCCAAUGGCUACUCUCACAAGGUUUAGUCGGCCUGUCGAAGCCGUUGCCUGGGGUGUGGCCGCUGCCCCAUGCUAGCAGCUACUAGGAGCCACAAGUGAGAGCUGGGUGUCAGGGUCAGAGGUUGGAGAGCUGCCCUAGGAGGGCACGACAAGCCCUCCAUACCAGAGAUAUUACCCCUCCCUGAGCACCCCAUACACCCCUGUGCCAUGUGCAACUAAACAUCUACAAAGCAAACUUCAUACUGGAGAAAUAGGAAAUAACAGAGAAAAGGCACUGGAAUUAAGAGAAUAAAGGAAAGCUUCUUACAGAAAUGGGAUUUUAGUUGAGACUUGAAGAUAAAAGUAGUAGGAGAUGGGAAGAAAGAAUAGUCUGGACAUGGAGGACAGCCAAAGAGAAUGCUGGGAGAUAAGAGAUUGAGUGUCUUGUUUGUGUAACAGCAAAGAGGCCAGUGAAUCAAAGAGUAUAUAUUGGGGAAUAAGGGUAUAUGAUGAUCCAUUUGUUAACAUAUUAAUACCUGAUUACUUUUGUUAGCUGUUCCUUAAUUACUAUAAGCUAGCAGAUAGAGAUGGAAAAUAACCAUCUUCCUGCAAUUACUUAUCUCUGUUCAAAUUUCCUGAGAGUACUUCAUAAAUAGAAAUAUUCUUAUUUGGGUACAGACUAUUUCCUCUCUUCCUUCCACCCCACCUAGUUAGAUUGUAAAUUUCUUGGACAAAUGGGCUGUUUUCUUUUAUUUAAAAUUUCUGGAUGACUAAUAUUAAAUACUGUGUCUUUCAUGUAGCUGAUCAUCUGCUUAACUAAAUAUUUGUUGAUCUGAAUCAAAUGUGUGUAUGUGUGUGAGUGUGUCUGUAACCUGUAUCAUAGUCCUAAAUUCCAACUCCAAAAGUCUGUCUGACCUAGCUAUAUGACCUUGGGCAAGUCACUUAACCUCAAUUGGCUAGCCUUUACCAUUCUUCUGCUUAGAGUUGAUAUUUAAU